AUGUUAACUCAACGAAUGAAAAAUCGUCAGAUAAUACGAAGUUCUGAUGGAGGGGAAAACGAGACAAACAACGUGCAAGCAACAGAAAUAAAUAAUAAUUUGAAUAUUCACAUGUUUGAACAGUUUAAUUACUUAAUAAUGCAAAUUGUAGAACCGUUUCUGAUGACAUAUAGAGCCGUCAUUUCUUCUUCAACUACAGCUAAAGUUCUUCCCGUUAAUUAA